GUUUUCUUGUUAGAUAUGUCAAAUGACUUAGAAAGUUAUGAUGAUGUAGCGCAGUGGGAUCUCAACUUACCCGAUGGAAAACACUGUGUCAGGUUUCAGCACGGUACAACCAGUGGCCGGAGAGUUAUUUUAGUUGACGGUAAAGAAGUCCGGAACACAGGCUGGCAGUUUAAACUUGUUGGCAAGGAGUCUUUCUUGAUAGGGAAAUACAAAGCUUGUGUCAUUAUCGAAGCAAAUGGUCUUAAUUACACCUACAUACUGGAGGUGGAUGGGAAGAGUUUGAAGAGAUUUGUUGAAAACAGGAAGAAAGUAUGUAGAACGUGGAUACCACGAGUAGGAGGAAACCCUCACAGAGUCGUCCUCGAGAGAGACAGUCUUAAUGUGUGGUUAGACGGACAAAAGCUCGAUGCUAUGGGUGAGUUUACUGAGAACGGAACAGAGACUCACUUUAUGAUCGAUACCCAACCAGCGGUGAUAAGAGCAGUAACAUCAGGAAAAAGAAGAGAAGGUAUUAUUUACAGUCUUUUCAUCGGGGACACUCAAGUUCCUGAUGCUAUGGAAGAGGCGUCUUGAAACAAUAUUAAUUAUCGUGAAAUUUGUUAGGAUUUCCACCAAACACGAUCGAUAAUAAACGGUUUAAUGUAUUUUUGACUUUCUAUGGGCUGCAUGUGUGUAGGAAAAACAAAUUUUAUGCUGAUAAUAUAACUUUAUAAUACAGGAUUUGGUUUUUUUUCUUCAAUUUAAGUAAGCUGGACCGUUUAGCUGGACCGCCAAUUUAAUUCCAUUAAUUUGAAGAUUUCAAUUGAUGAAACUACGUAGACAACAGAAGUGGAUGAGAUAACAUUUAUUUGAAGAUUGUCUAAUAUUUCUAUUAGGACCUCGAUCUUCUAGAAGAUUUCUCGUUUCAAUAUGGCUAAUUGAAAAGCAAGGCUUUAUUUUCUUAAUGUGUGCUGGAAAAUUGCUAGACUUUUUGUUUAUUGAUAUUCAUCUGAUUAUCGUGUGAUGGAUAUUGCCAUUCCGAAAUUGUUGAUAUUGAAUACCAAAAAUAUAAAUUAUUGUUAUGCUUUUCGUUCAAAAA